AUGGUAGCACAACUUAUUCUUGGCUAUCCCAAGGGAUCCAACAUGAAAGUGGACUACUACAUCAACACGCACAUCCCCGUUGCUUGGGCGGCGUGGCAGCCACUUGCCAAAAGCUGGAGAGUCGCGACCCCGGGAGCAGACUCGGAAAGCCCUUACGAGGUGCUGCUGCUUGUGGAUUUUGAAUCCUUGGAGGCGCUCGGCAAGGCGAUGGCGGAUACCCCGAAGGACAAGUUGGAAUGGCUUCAGAACGACCUUAAGAACUAUAGCGAGAAGCCCCCUGUUAGGUGGACGCAGGAGGUUAGGGGAGGAGGGCCUGUGUUUUGA